CCUUAUCGCUCUUUCGUAAAAUUUCGAAAAUCUCAAGUAUAAUGGCUGAUACUGUUGCUCCAGUUGCUGCUCCGGUCGCCACCUCUCCGGCCAAGACACCAAAGAAGGCCAAAGCGUCCAAGGGAGACGCCAAGAAACCGAAGAAGCCAUCAACUCACCCACCAGUGAACGACAUGGUUUUGGCCGCUAUCAAGACCCUCAAGGAACGUAACGGAUCCUCGCUGCAGGCCAUCAAGAAGUACAUCGCCGCCAACUACAAGUGCGAUGUCGCCAAGUUGGCUCCGUUCCUAAAGAAGGCCCUGAAAUCGGGUGUCGAGAAAGGAAAGCUGGUCCAAACUAAGGGAAUUGGUGCUUCCGGUUCAUUCAAGGUUAAGGCCGAUGCGAAGAAAGCAGCUGGUGAGAAGAAGGCCAAGAAACCGAAGAAGGAAACCAAGGUCAAGAAAUCCGCUGCUGGCGAAAAGAAAAAGGUUGCCAAGAAACCAAAGGCCACCGCUGCUAAGAAGGCCAAGGCAGCUCCUGCUAAAGCCGCCAAAAAGGCUGCUGGAGUGAAAAAAGCUGCUGCUCCCAAGCAGAAGCCCACGAAGCCGUCAAAGACCGUAGCCAAGAAACCGAAGACUCCCAAGCCAAAGAAGACUGCUCCGGCCAAGAAAGCUGCCCCGAAGAAAACCGCUGCCAAGAAGUAGAGUGUUCGAUAACGCAUAACCACCAAUAGUUGGUUUAAAACAAUCAGUCCUUUUCAGGGCUACAAACAGAAUGAAUGAAGAAGUUAAUUUGGUUUUGCAAUAAUGCAAAUAAAUUUAGGUGUAAAUGUUCUGUGUUUCCACGUUUGUCAGGACUUACGAGAAAGCUUGUUGCUGCCCACAAACAAAAAAUUUUAUCAAAUGUGAUAAUCCAGUAAAGCAAUUAUAAAAAUCGCAUAACAGAUCUGAAACACGAUAUUCUUCCUAUUUAUUGUAUUGGUUUAUAAAACGUAGUCAAUUUGGCUAGCACCAGAUGCUUAUCUAUGAUUAAAACAGGGAAUACGAAAAUAGUUUAACUAGUUACACUCCAUCCAGUUCAAAAUAUUAAACUUUCGUCUUUUAAUCAAUCAAUACCUGAACACAAUCUAACAGACAUAAAAUUCAGUUGAUUGCACUCUUAGAAUAGGUAUACUUUUUCUAAUUUAAUUUGGGACGAGACUCGUGGCUUUUGAAAAUCGCAGUUUGAGGAAGUAAUCAUAUCAUGUUCACGUAAUCACGGAGGGAUGGCGUCCCCGUGUGGAAUCUCUCACAUGUUGCAUCUAUGGAUGAGUCACCCUUAAAUUAUUUAAUACGUUUUCGACAUGAGGCAAUGGAAGGUCGAUUCGGUGUUCUGAGAAUGAGAAUUAGCAAAACUUCGAAUUCAACGUUGCAGAAAAUCAAACUAUGGUUAAUAAUUAUCGUAGAACUCCGUAUAGUAUAAUUGGU